CGCACCAGCAGCGCCGCCACAAAGGGACUCUCCGCUCCUCCUCUCUCCAGGGUUUGAGAUGCUCCGGCUCGGCGGCAGGAUGUGUGGCUUCUCGGCCCUGCUCUCCGUGCUUGUCGCUGGGCUCGCUGCGGCGUCCUCGGAUCUUUUCGACAACCAACUGGGCGACAUCAAUUACUGCAAAAAGCAAUGCCAGCUCACCAUCAAAAACAAAAGCCCUGCUAAAGACUCCAUAAUGAACGCCUGUCACCGUGGCUGUCGCCUCUACUCCAUCUGCCAGUUUGUUAAUGGCAACGCCGGCUUCAAUACCAGUAGGGAGGAGUGUCAGGGAGCCUGCCAGGAGGCAUAUAUUAAGCUGCUGGAGCAGGAGGCCUGCAGCACCGGCUGUGCCAGCCAACCCUCUGAACCUGAGAUCAAGAGGAGGAAGCUGAAGGCCAUGACUCUCCGCCCGAAGCCCCCCUCUGUGAUGGAGGCUGUGUCCAGUUGGUGUAAUGAAAUCGUCAGCUCUGCUCAGAGCUUCAUCUCCUCCACCUGGACUUUCUAUCUCCAGGCUGAUGAUGGCAAGGUUGUGGUUUUCCAGAGCCAGCCGGAGAUGGAGUACUCACUGCCUGAGCUGCAGGCUCCUCGAUCGAACGUGGCCGACAAACCUUGGCCUCAGGUCCACUCUCACACCCAGAGACCUCAUGGUGUGAGGGGACGUGGGGAGAAGGGAGCAUCCAAAGCAGGAGGCAAGGGGAAGCACCCUGUCCAGCACACAGACGACCCCACAGCUGAGCACGACUUCCUUGGCUGCAUGUCAAGACGUUCAGGUCUUCCUCGGUGGAUUUUAGCAGCCUGCCUCUUCCUGUCCAUCAUGGUCAUGUUGUGGCUCAGCUGUGCCAGCCUCGUCACCGCACCAGAGCAGCACAUCAAGACACAGCUGAGUAUCAAUGGCGAUAAAGAGUUUCUGGACAAUGCCCACAAAGUCAACCCGUACCACCUGAGUCCUGUGAUCGCUGUUGCUGUGAAACAAUCAGAGGAGAGCCAAGAGGCGGGACCGCUGCCAGUGAAAGUUGACCUCAACAAAACGUGUGUUUAGAAAGGACCAAUGGGAGAGCUGUUGUCUUGUUUCCCAGGGUAACCAUGUCUAGAAAUCUGUGGCCCGUCAGCAGAGUUUUUAAAAACAUAUUUUUAAGAGCAUGGCACACUCCCGUCUUUUGAAAUUAUCUUACUGAAACACCUAGCUCAGGCAGGUUUUUAAGUUAGCUGCGCCUGUCAUUUCAUUUCCUUGUACAGUCCAAACAUGUUGAAGCCCAUCCUCAAAUUAUCCGUACUGAUCAGCCUGCUCAUUGCUUAUUGAUAAGACAGCGCUCUUGUCUCAGAGCCAUGGCGCAGACAAGCAGAGAGGAUGGAUUACAGCUGAGAUCUUUCAUAUCAUUUUUCAAGUCUAGUGCGGACAAGAGAAGACAAAUGCUUCAGAUUCAUUUUAGAUUUAAUUUUCCUCAUUCUCACAGGGAGUUUGGAUGAAUUAAUGGCUCACUGAGAGCAAAGAAAAGGAGUGAGAAAGUGUGAGAGAGAGGAAAGGAAGAUGAAUUACAGGUGAGCACUCCUGCGAGCGCUGCAGAAAACAGAUACUCAGUUUAUGGUCAGUUUGCAUAAUCAGCAUUGUGAGCUGUUUAGUAAUGUAUUUAAAAAAAAAAAAAGGUCUAAAAAUUGAAAAUAACCCCCCCACCCCCACUCCCCCUUCACACAACCGAAAACAGUUCUCUGGUGAGAAACCCAUUCUCAGUGAGUUCAGAGAAACAAAGGAAUACGUACUCAAAAAACUUGGUCACCUAAUUCCUCUGUGUGCGUGUGUGUGCGUGUGUGUGCGUGUGUGUGCGUGUGUGUGCGUGUGUGUGUGUGUGCGUGUGUGUGCGUGUGUGUGUGUGUGUGUGUGUGUGUGUGUGUGUGUGCUUGGAUGUAUCUGGGUACAUGUUCACCUACAAAGAGCACACAUUCUUUUGUGAGCAACAAAUUCAGAGCUGGAGCUGGAUUCAAACUGGACACUGAGAAUGAACAAAACUGACACCUUUAUUUAUUUUCUUCUCUAUUUAUUCAAUAUCAUCGACAUGAGCUAUCUGUUAAAUAGUGUUAUUGAAGUGCCAUGUACAGUUAAUUCAUCAUACAAAUGUAACUGCUCUGUAUGUAAAAUAUACUGUAACAGACUGGAAAGAGACACAGAGAAGGAAGAUUGCACCUAUUACUGUGUUAUUAUAAUUAUUAUUAUUAUCAUAUUAUCGCUCUUAUAUCACUUAAAGAGUUCUUAGCUGUUAAAUGUGCCAUGUGCUUUCUAAUAGCUGACUAUUUUGUAUGUCCUAGGAGCACAUACUGAAGGAUAACCUCUGUAACAAUGUGUAAUGCAAAGCUUUUAACAUAGACCUUUGUAAUUGAACAGAGUUGCACAGUCUUAGAGAAGAUUUUCUGUUUUCCUCUCAGUGCUUUGAUGUCCUGUAACGCUCUCUUUUAAUCCAGGCUAUGUAGACAAUAAACCGUGCAUGCAAGUGACGCUUCAAUAGUUUAUCUUAACCGCCUGCCAUGCCAGUAUGGCACGACUCUACUAUAGACUUGUGAUUUUUUGUGUUCAUAUUUACUGUCAUUGAGUAGAAUGUGUAAUGAUGAAUGACAUUAUCCUCAUGAUUUACAGGAAGGACUCUUAAUAAAAAAGCCAUUCAAUCAAUAUCUGUGCUGGU